CUCUAUCGUGCUCGCCGACAGAUUAUCCCCCGUUUACUGAUGCGACGUUCUAGUUGUGACUCGUCUUUCCGGGGCCAGGCAGUAGCCCGCGCGCUCGCUCGCAUCCGCUCGUGAACCAGAGAAUAAUGUAACGUCGCACGACAGGGAGACGACAGGGGUUCGCAAUUAAGAUGGAUGUUCACGGUGCUGGAGUGGUCGCCGUUCUGGGCACGGUCGGAGCCGCCACCGGAGCAAUCUCGGCGGUGAUCGUUUACACCAUUUGCGCGCGUCGCCGGCGGUUGCCGCUGCUUACUUCGGUCGGAGGACCACUCAACUGGUUUGAAAAAGAUUUAUUGGACAGAGCCGAAGAGGCAGCCAGAUCGUCGAAGGACGUUCUAGUCGGUCUCGGCAGCGGAGUCGCGCUUUCGCGGGAUAAUAAAAUUACCAGACGUAGUGACAGUCACUCGGACGACGAUGAGUGGCAAUCUGAUCAUGUAUUUGACAGCAUCGCCAGUGAUUCUCCCAGAAGAGUUAUGCACCACCUCUCAGAAUCAGAUAACAUUCCUCCUUCUCCGAUGAGUCCCCUCACACCGCCUCUUCCGGAAGGCGCGGUGGUCGCGUCCGAGAAACGUAUGGUGAUCGUCAAGCCGCCGACACGGAGCUUGGAUGGAUCUCAGUCCAGAUUGAACAGUGUCGAAAUCGAGUCGGCUCCACGACAUAAGCUCUCAUCCUCCUCGUCGACCUCCUCGUCCGACGAGAUCAGGGGUGAAUUAAAGUUGGGAUUGCUAUACGACGCUAACGCCGGGAUACUUACUGUGAGACUCAUCGAGGCGCACGAUCUGCGUGCUCGAGAAUUGAGUGGUAUCGCGGAUCCUUACGCCAAGAUACGUUUGCUACCUGAUAGAAGCAACGUGUGGCAAACCACGAUACACAGGCGUACUCUGAAUCCGGUAUUCGACGAAGACUUCGUCUUCGAAGUGGCGCCUGAAUCAUCAUUGGCCGGGAGAACGUUGGAGGUCUUGCUGUACGAUUUCGAUGCGUUCACCCGCCACCGUGGCCUGGGCUACGUGCAGCUCCCCUUAUCCUCCAUACCGGAUCUCGGCUCGAAUCUGAUCACCGUCACGAGGCCAGUUCUGCGAUACGGAGCGGAGGGUGGCUUCAAGGCGCCGCCCCUGGGAGAACUGAUGGUUUCGAUCUCAUAUCAGGUGUCUAUAGAGAAGUUAACGAUUAUUGUCGUGCGAGCAAGAAAUCUACCUGUGCUCGACGAUCCCGCGAACGCGAAUCCAUACGUGAAGGUGUCGCUCAUGCAGGACGGUAAGAGCUUCAAGAAGAAGAAAUCGAGCGUACAACAGGAGGCCAGCAGUCCCGUGUGGAACGACAUCCUUAGCUUCGACGUUACUAGCGACGUGUUGCCGAAGUGUGUCUUACAAUUCUCUGUUUUGCGAGCCAACGGCGAUCUCUUGGCGAAAUGCGAGGUGUCCAGCUCGUGCCAAAGGGAGCUGUUCCAACGUGUGCUGUCCGGGAAAGGUGCCUCGGCGCAAUGGUUACCGCUCUCGGAGCCGGAGGCGCAGCGCGGUGAUAACAGUGAAUCGAAAGAUUAAGAGAAUCGCUGCUAGAGCUGGAGCAUAUAUGUACGCGAGGGAGUACGCGUCGUUGGUAAAAUAUAUAUAUCAUGAUCGCUUUGAACGAAUCAGACGUUCGUGGAAUCCCGAGAGGGCUUCUCCGCGCUUGGAUCGGUUGACUUAGAUGUAAGGCGGGCUUCUGAUAAGUUGCUUCCAGGUGUACACCUUCGUCGGGAAAACGAUGCAGACCGUAUCACCGUUAGUUAGCUGUUGCUUUUUGUGGUGUAGUACGGUAUUCUCGGUCGUACACUUCUGUGAUGAUUGAACGACCGUCUUUUCGGACUACGUAUAUGUACCUGCAUCGAUUGUCUGCGCUUGAGAUACAUAUGUAUAUAUUUGCUUUUGUUAUACGCACAAUGUGUAACCAGCGAGUUGCAAAGUCUGCCAAGUGGGUUUCGACAGCACAGUCAUGCGAUUGCUAGAUAUCUAUUUUCUGCUUGCACCGAGUCUCUCUCUCUCUCUCUCCCUCGUGCGAGCAUUAUAUUUAUAAUUGAUCGUUAAGCUGAUACUCCGAUUCUCUCUUGCUUGUUGAAGAGAGCCGUACCUGAACCGAUCCGCGCGUGAAACGACACUCGGCACAUUUUGCACUCGCUCUGUGUGUCGAAUCUUCUUUUUUUUUAUCACACCAAAGACAAAGAAAGUUGCGAUAAUAGGAUUUGAUAUGCCAACCGGGUUUUUAUGUACAAGCAAAUGUACAUGACGAGACGAUUUCCGUUCCACAUACACACCAACUGAUCAGUGAUGAAACGGCGGGAUAUCGACCGUCGGGGCGCUUUAGUGAACAGCAUAAAUACGUAAUAGAAUCGAAUCACUCCACGACAAAUUGUAAUGAUCGCGUACAAGUUGGGGUUCUACGAUAUCAUCGCGACGAAAAUAUACGUACAGAGCCGUACUCACUUUGCUACGUGGGGUAGAUUAGUAAAGAUAGAUCCGUCAAUGGGAGCAGGUUCUUUCAACGACGGAGUAAUUGUUACUAAAUGCCGCGGGAUAAAUGUCGAUAGGAUUCGUUAGAGCGCAUUAUCGAGAUCAGCAUGGAUCGCCGAGGAGUACAUAGCGUAGCGACUUGGCUAGUACCCCGUAGUCCAGUUAAUAGUAUACAUGUUACGUCCGUUGAUAGUGUAAUACACGUUACGAGAAACGUAGAAUUUGGACGUACGUAUGCGUAUAAUUAUACAGAACAGAGGUAGAAAAUUAUAUAUUUUCAUCCCACGUGGAGUUCGUCGAACGUGGUGUUCCGCGCGUAUCUCAUCGAUAUCCAUAAAAAAAAAAUAUAUAUAUAUAUAUAUGAUUGCACGAUAGGACAAGGAUUACGCGAACGGAGAAAAGUAUAUCCUCACGCGAUCGCUUUUCUAUGGUUGAAAAGAAAGUAUACAUAUAUACAUAUAUAUACCUUUUGUCAAAUGUUUCACUGUUUAUUGUAACAGUUUAUUGUACAAUAUAACUGUACAUACAUAAAAAGGAAUGGACCAAUCGCGAUCCUUGAGCUUAGUCGAAUAGACCUGUAACCAGAAAUAGUGCAAUGUGAUUAGAAUUAAUUACGUUCCUCGGAAGUAGGAUAAUCUGUUUCAUCGUAUUCUCAUUUCAAGAUUCGUCGACACAUACGUGCAUUCUGUAGCUAAUACAUGCUAUACUAAUCAUGGAAGAUUCUUUAUCGUGUUUGUUUCGGUUGAUCUUCGUGGCUAUUAAAAAAGUAAAUCGUAAA